CCUUCCCGCGGGCUUCCGACGCAUUGCCUGAGUGGAAGUGCAGGCGGCUUCCGGUGUGAGUGACGAGUGGUGGCCGAAGCUGGGGGACAGCAGGGGACGCUUAGGCAGGGACCAUGGCGGACGGCGGCUCGGAGCGGGCCGAUGGGCGCAUUGUGAAGAUGGAGGUGGACUACAGCGCCACGGUGGACCAGCGCCUGCCUGAGUGCGAGAAGCUGGCCAAGGAAGGACGGCUUCAAGAAGUCAUUGAAACCCUUCUCUCUCUAGAAAAGCAGACCCGAACUGCCUCUGACAUGGUGUCCACGUCCCGCAUCUUGGUUGCAGUAGUAAAAAUGUGUUAUGAGGCUAAAGAAUGGGACUUACUUAAUGAAAAUAUUAUGCUUUUGUCAAAACGGCGGAGUCAGUUAAAACAAGCUGUUGCAAAAAUGGUUCAGCAGUGCUGUACUUACGUAGAGGAGAUCACAGACCUCCCAGUCAAGCUGAGAUUGAUUGAUACUCUACGGAUGGUUACGGAAGGAAAGAUUUAUGUUGAAAUUGAACGUGCUCGACUGACUAAAACCUUAGCAACUAUAAAAGAACAAAAUGGAGAUGUGAAAGAGGCUGCCUCCAUCCUUCAAGAGUUGCAGGUGGAAACCUAUGGGUCCAUGGAGAAGAAGGAGCGAGUGGAGUUUAUUCUGGAGCAGAUGAGACUCUGUUUAGCCGUGAAGGAUUACAUUCGCACACAGAUUAUUAGCAAAAAAAUCAACACCAAAUUUUUCCAGGAAGAAAAUACAGAGAACUUGAAGUUGAAGUACUAUAACUUAAUGAUUCAGCUGGACCAGCACGAGGGGUCCUACCUGUCGAUUUGUAAGCACUACAGAGCCAUCUACGACACUCCCUGCAUUCAGGCAGAGAAUGAGAAGUGGCAGCAGGCCCUGAAAAGUGUUGUUCUCUAUGUUAUCCUGGCUCCUUUUGACAAUGAGCAGUCAGAUUUGGUUCACCGGAUAAGUAGUGACAAGAAGCUGGAAGAAAUUCCCAAGUACAAGGAUCUGCUGAAGCUCUUUACCACAAUGGAACUGAUGCGCUGGUCCACACUUGUUGAGGACUAUGGGGUGGAGCUACGGAAGGGCUCCCCUGAGACCCCCGCAACUGAUGUUUUCAGCUCUACGGAAGAAGGUGAAAAAAGGUGGAAAGACUUGAAGAACAGAGUCGUGGAACAUAACAUCAGAAUUAUGGCCAAGUACUACACCCGGAUAACAAUGAAAAGGAUGGCACAGCUUCUGGACCUCUCUGUGGAUGAGUCAGAGGCCUUCCUCUCGAAUCUAGUCGUCAAUAAGACCAUCUUUGCUAAAGUAGACAGGUUGGCUGGAGUCAUCAACUUCCAGAGGCCCAAGGAUCCAAAUAAUUUAUUAAAUGACUGGUCGCAGAAACUGAACUCGCUGAUGUCUCUGGUUAACAAAACAACACACCUCAUAGCCAAAGAAGAGAUGAUACAUAAUCUCCAGUGAGGCCUGGAUGCUUUUAGAAAAGACACAGAAUUGGAGGUCAUUAAAAAAGAAAGACUGAUUUUAUGGUGUAUAUGUUGUUCUUUUCUUACUCUUGCUUUUUUCUAAAAUUUUAAGAUAGUGAAUGUGUUUGAGCCCCUCUGCCUUUUCCUCUCCCCGGUUUCCUGGUAACUGUGCUUUGCAGUUGGUGCAGAGAUGUUCCACAUUUCCAGUGUCUGAAGACGGAAAGUUUGUGCCUCACCUUACCUGAGUAUGUUCCUACCGUUUGUUUUCAAUCACCUGACAACUCCGUAACAAUAAUAAAACAGGACUUGUGUGUUAGCUCCUGAAGCUGUCUCUGCUUAGAGGGCUAGUGAUUCAACAGUGUCUCUAAAUAAUUGUGUCAUAGCUAUUGAUGACUUACUAGAAUAAAAAACAACAUAGAACAUUGGA